GUGGUUACAGAGAGAUCAUUUCCUUCACUCCGCUUACCUAUGAAACAAACGAAACCCGUCUAUAGUCUUAAUGUAGACGGCUGCUGUUUUCAAAUAAAACAAUUAAACGAGCAAAGGUAACUAACCGUAAAACAGCUUGACGAUGGAGGCAGCGCCAGGCGGUCUCGGGCGCUGUUCUUGCGCGUUCUGGCUCGCGGUGGCUUUCGACAUUUUUGGUCUCAUCAUAUUAUUACUCGGCGUGUUCGGAGACUUGUUCUUCUACGACUUCUUGAUAUAUGCAGGAGCCAUCAUCAUUUUCCUGAGUCUCAUUUGGUGGGUUUUCUGGUACACGGGUAACAUCGAGGUGCCCCCCGAGGAGCUUGAGGACGAUGUGGGUUUGCUGAAGAAGGGCAGAGGUUUGGCAGGAGUUGUCAGGAGGUUCUCCAGCCGCCUCUCGAGCGGAGUGCGAAACUCUUUCAGGAGAAACGGGGGACCGCGUGGUCAAGGUGCAGUGGCCGGCCAAGCAAAGCACAGGAGAGAUGGAGGUCAGGCCCCAGUGGCCUUUGCAAUGACCCCUCAGGAUAAUGUGAGCACUUUGUCUGCGACAGUGACCGCAGGAGACACCCUCAGAUCAGAAACACAGGCCAUAUGAACAAUCACGUACAGGUUACAGAAGAGGAUAUUCAACCAUAUGGCGCUGCUGAAGUGGACUUUUGUUUUUCUCUCCUGUUGAAAUAUUCAUUGUUUUUAUUGAAAAUGUUUACAAUUGAAUUAGGUUUUGUACUACGUUUAUUUGAUUGAUUUUGUGUUCCGUGCUUUGUAUUAUACACUAUUUUGAGAUUAUGCACUGGUAAGAAAGGCUUUUUGGCAAAAUAAAUACAAUUAUGUAUUUUCCUA